AUUAGAUUCAUGGCUACAAAAAAGGACACAGCCAUGGCUGAGCUAGGAACACCAAUGGCGGUUACACAUGUUCUGAAGUUUCUUCAAGGAGUGUCACUUUUCGGACUAACCUUGCAAUUGAAACCGAGCAUCCAAACAAGUGUCCGGGAUGUCCAGUAG